AAGCAAUCAUGAGGACUUUCAGCCUGAGUAUUCUACUGACCGUGGCAGUCUCAGUUUACUGCAUGCCCAUACUGCCAGUUACUGUGCAGGAUGAACAUUUUGCAAAGGGCUACCUGAAGAAAUUUUUCAACCUAACGGAGGAGAGUGGUCCAGCUGUGAGACGGGACAUCAGCCAGGUGACCAAGAAGCUGAGUGAGAUGCAGAGAUUCUUUGGUCUCCAGAUCACAGGGACUCUGGAUGCCGACACCUUGGCCAUGAUGAAGAAGCCCCGCUGUGGGGUUCCAGAUGUAAACAUCGCUCAGUUCUCCACUUUCGGAAACAACUUCAAGUGGGAGAAAAAUUACCUCACAUACAGAAUAGAGAACUACAUACCGGACAUGUCUCAGGCAGAGGUGGAUGACUCCAUUGAGAAAGCUCUGCAGGUUUGGGCCAAAGUCACUCCUCUGAGAUUCACAAGGAUCUACAGUGGUAUCGCUGACAUCACGAUCUCCUUUGGUCGCCAAUCACAUGGUGAUUAUUACCCCUUUGAUGGCCCUGGCGGUACUCUUGCCCAUGCCUUCGCUCCUUCUCCUGGUAUUGGAGGAGAUGCUCAUUUCGAUGAUGAUGAGAACUUCACUUUCCGCUCACAGACAGGCUACGUCCUCUUCGUGGUCGCCGCUCAUGAGUUUGGCCACUCUCUGGGUUAGUCUCACUCCAAUGAUCCGGGUGCCCUCAUGUAUCCUUACUACUCAUACAGAAACCCUGACACCUUUGUUCUGCCUCGGGAUGAUGUAAAAGGCAUCCAGUCCCUUUAUGGUGUAAAUGAGAAUCCUACAGGACCCACAGCCCCCACCACCCCUGAUGCCUGUGAUUUAUCUAUGGUACUGGACGCUGUUGCCACCCUGCGAGGAGAGAUGCUCUUCUUCAAGGACAGUUUCUUCUGGCGCAGCUACCCUCAGAGCAAUACACCCCAGCAGACUCUCAUCACCAACUUCUGGCCUAAUUCCCCCGUCAACAUUGAUGCUGCUUAUGAGAGCAAGGCCUUAGACAGCGUCUUACUCUUUAAAGAUCGCAAGGUAUGGGCUUUCAGUGGAUACGAUCUUGUGCGUGGCUAUCCUAAAUCAAUUUCCAGUUUUGGUCUGCCCAAUCACUUGGAGAAAGUGGACGCAGCUCUCUAUGAUCCAGAAUCUGGAAAGACACUGUUCUUCACUGGCAGUUACUACUACAGUUAUGAUGAGGCCAGACAGACUAUAGAUGGAGGAUUCCCCAAACGGGUGGAUGACAAAUUCCAUGGCAUGUCCCGCCCAGUGACAGCAGCCUUGUACAACAGAGGUUUCACUUACCUUUACAGUGGACCCUAUGUGUUUGAGUACAGCCUGAGGACUGGAAGGCUUUUCCGUGUGCUGAGGAACAAUUACUUCCUGCGCUGCACUAACUUCUAGAGCAGUUGACCAGCCAGCUUGUUUACAAAAUUGCCCUUAACUGCAGUGAAGGCACGUUUAAAAUGCUUCCACAGUCGAUAGUAUGCAAAUGCUUUUCAUGAUAUCUAAUUAUAUUGUUACAGUGUUACAGGUAUACACUGGAUGUAUGACC